GCCUCAAGAGAGAAUUCGUCCGCUUUGGCUCCAGUGUCGCUUAAAGCACAGAUGGAGGAGGAUGGAUUGGCCAUUUGGCUAGUAACUUUGCGAAAUACUCCACAGGAUGCUGAUGCAGCCAAGCAAGUUCUAUUUGAUUUACUUCCUACCGCUGUUGAAUUCAUGGCCACGAACCUCGACCUAUUGGGAACGCUUUGUCAAAUCAUGGAAAGCUAUCUGUUAUUGGACUACGCUCGAGUAUUACAGUUACAAGCCCUACCAUUGCAUCAAGCAUUUUUACAGGUGUAUCAGCAGGCAUUAUCUACCAAUAUAAAGGAUAUGUUAUCAGCAGCAAACCUCAUAGUUCAGCUGGCGCCCAGCGCAAUGUGGGGAGAGGCAAUGCAUAACUCGACCUUCUUUGCAAAGUUACUCGAUUCUGUAAUCGAAGAUAAAGGCAAACAAGAAAAUAGCCUUAUUCUCGUGGAGGUUCUGCACCUUUUUGCUCGGAUGAUUAUGAAAGAUCCAAUGGUUUUCGUUCAACUCGUCGCAGCCAGUUCCAGCACCCUUAAUCAACCCCCCGCUUAUCUCAUGAAUGGAUUCCUGGACCAAUGGUGGGCGAAGUUUGACUAUGUCGUCGAUGCUCCACGAAGGAAGCUUGUGGCAUUAGCUACUGCCCAGCUCUUAAGCACCGGAAAUGAGGAAGUAGUGGAUCGGUUAAAAUCAAUGGAGCCACUCAAUAUCUGGUUGGAUGUUCUUGGUGAACUCAAGGAGGCUUUAUCACAACGGCCAGAAGGGGAGGAGGAAGACUCCCCUUUGAUUCGAUUCUGGAAAGCUCAAGACGAAUUAAAUCUUCCGGAUCGCCUAGAAGAGGUUACAGAGACGCUAGAGAUGGAUCGAAGACGAGAGGUGGGUGCAUUCCUGUUUUUGGUUCACCACAGAACUAAACGGACUAUCCAGCUCUUUAAACGCGACCCUGUUCGCAACGUCCCUCUGAAGGAAUUUAUCCAAGAGAAAAUGCAGCAGGCUCAAGCGGCCGCUGCUGCUAAUGGUGUUGAUUUCCAAAAGGCGAUGUCAUUGCUCUCCAUCUUUGACCUGCUACCACCGUCUAGUUGUAAAAAUUUUGAUCACGCCUCGACCUCCUCUUCUACCUUGCGUUCUGUGAACCCUAUUCUAUGCGGUCAUCGGUAUUAUGCCAGUAGACAACCUUCAAGUUUUUCUCAACCAGAGCCGGGUCAGGGUCUACAAGCGGCAGCCAACGCACCAGUACCAUUUUUCUGGCGUCUCGUAGCUGUAGGGACAACAUUCGUCGCCUUUUAUUAUACAUGGCGCCCUCUCGACGACCCGAAAAAGGAUCCUCGGAACCCUCCGGACUUGGGUCCUCACCAAUUUACACGUUGCACCGUUCUCUCUUUGAAACCAGAUCCGCCUGAAGCUGGAAACAAGGCGGAUCAUGUCGUUAUACAGAUGAAUGUGCCUGUGCGCUUUCUGCCCGAGGAUGGUUCAUAUUUAGCGAAUGCUAUUCAUCACGUAUACAUCAAGGACGACGAUAUGCAAAUCGAAAGACCUUAUACGCCAUUAAAUGGGAUAGGAGUAGACGGGAAAAUGGACUUUUGGAUUAAAAAGUAUCCUGGAGGGGAGGUGUCGAAUUGGCUAUCCAGGUUGCCGCGUCACCGGAACAUAGAA